AUUUGGUAAUUAUACUUGUACAAUAUUGUAAUUAAUUACUAACACAAUAACUAAUCUUGAUUAUAUUGGAUCCAGUCAAUACUGUUCAUUGGAUAUAUAAAUCAUAAAAGUCUAUAUUAAUAUAUAUAUAUUUAUAAACAGAUCAAAAUACAAACGGAAGAAUCUGUACAUUUAGUCUUUCUCUGAUACGGUAAGCAUUUUAGUAUGGUUACAUUUAUGAUUAUAUGGUUAUUAUCCUUAUAAAAUUUAAGCCUGAACGGUGUCUGACUUUCUUGUUCAAAAGGAUUAAGCUGUACUGUUUAGAUUAUCACGUCAAAGUCUAUAUAGUGUCUUGUUCUCUUGAAAACCAGUGUAAAAUUACCCUGACCCACAAGGGUAUGUUAUAUACAAACUAUCCUUGUAAAAUGGUAUCCAAUUAUUUUUUUUUUAAAAUGCUUUGAAUUAGUAACCAUUUCAUUGGUUUGUAGUACAUAUGGAUAUUAAAUAUUGAUGAAAGAGAAACAAAAGCUUAAAUAAGUUUAAUUGUGUAAAAAUAACAUGGAAGGGUGAGGGGUAGGGUUUGUAUAUUAAUAAUGUUUACCAAAAAAAAAAAAAAAGAAAUCAAUUUAAGUUCAAAAACCAUGUCUAUUUGUUACAUUCAUUUGUUUUAUAGUUUCUGUUCUAAUAUGGAUGAGUUAAAUGAAAUAAAUACAAUUGAAUAGUUGUAACUAGUUAGGCUCAAUAAUCAGAUGAAUGAGAACAGACUUAUCAAUGAUACUAGUUGAUUGUUAUAUGAUAUUAAUAAUUGAGUACAAUUAUAAAUAUAAAUCAUUGGAAUAAAUGUUAUUGUGCUUAUUGUGAGAUGCAUGAAUCCUGUAAGAUCAUUAUUAUCUGGCUAGAAAAAACCAAUGGAUUCUAAUGAAGAGGAAUAUGGCACGACGUUUUUAAAAUCCGAUACAAACAAACCAAAUGAUAAUACAGGUUAUGAAAUGAAAACAAUAAAUGAAGACAAAAAGAGAGAAACAACUAGAAGAAAUAAAUUAUCUAAGUUUAAGAAAUGGAUAACUAAUUUAGAUAAUUUAUUUGUUACAUUCACUGUAUUAGCUGUUAUAUUGGGUAUGACAAUUGGUUUAUUAGUUAAAAUUUAUGCCACACCAUCACCAAGAACAAUCUAUCUUUUAUCAUUUCCUGGUGAAUUAUUAAUGAAUAUGUUAAAAAUGUUAAUUAUACCAUUGAUUGUAUCCAGUUUAAUAGCAGGACUUGCUGGUUUAGAUCCAAAAUCAAGCGGAAAAAUUGGCUCAUAUGCAUUGAUUUAUUAUGUAGUAACUACAAUGCUUGCAGUUAUACUUGGUAUCGGUCUAGUUUUAUGCAUACAUCCAGGUGAUACAUCAAUUAAAGAUGAAAUAGGCGAAGGAACAAUAGAGGAACGUAGACCGGAAACAUUGGAUUCUUUACUGGAUUUAUUAAGAAAUCUAUUUCCGGAAAAUGUAGUACAAGCAUGUUUACAGCAACAACAAAGUAGUUACGUCACAGUUGUUAAGCGUCCAAAGUAUAUUCGAUUAACUGAUGGAAACAACGGUACAUCGAAUAUGGAAAACAAAACAAAACUAAUCAGUUAUGAAGCCAUAAAACCGAAAUAUGUGGAUAGUACUAAUGUUUUAGGAUUAGUGUCAUUCUCAAUUAUGUUUGGUAUAAUACUUGGUCAAAUGGGUGAUCGUGCUGUAACUAUGGUACAGUUUUUCUCUGUUCUUAAUGAAGUUGUCAUGAGAAUGGUACAAGUUAUUAUGUUAUAUUCACCAUUUGGUAUAUUCUUUCUAAUAUUGAGUAAAAUGUUAGAAAUUGAAAAUUUAAGUGAUACAGCAAAAGCAUUAGGUUUAUAUAUGAUAACUGUAGUUACUGGUUUGGCUAUACAUUUACUUGGUACAUUAGCAUUACUCUAUUAUGUGGUAACAAGAAAAAAUCCAUUCAUAUUCUAUAAAGGUUUAUUUCAAGCUUGGAUUACAGCACUUGGAACUGCAUCCAGUGCAGCUACUCUACCAAUUACAUUUCGUUGUUUAGAACAAAAUCUAGGCAUUGAUAAACGUGUAACACGUUUUGUUCUACCCAUUGGUGCAACAAUUAAUAUGGAUGGGACUGCAUUAUAUGAAGCUGUUGCAUCGAUUUUCAUUGCACAAAUUAAUGGAAAAUAUUUGACAAUUAUUGAAGUAUUUAUUGUAAGUUUAACAGCAACUUUGGCAGCAAUAGGAGCGGCUAGUGUUCCAAGCGCUGGUUUAGUAACUAUGAUGUUAGUGCUUACAUCUGUUGGAUUGCCUACAAAAGAUAUUUCUCUAAUUUUAGCGGUUGAUUGGUUACUUGAUCGAAUUCGUACUUCAAUUAAUGUAAUGGGUGAUGCAGUUGGAGCUGGUAUAGUUAAUCAUUUAUGUUAUAAAGAAUUAGCUCAAAAAGAUGCUGAAAUUGAUAAAGAAAUAGAUGAAGUUGUAGAAGAAUAUACACGUGAAUUAUCUAAUACAACUAAUAUAACAGAUCGUGAAAAACGUAAUUCAUCUAGUUUAGGUCGUUAUAAUAAAAAACGUAUGAGUUUAGCAGCAGCAAUGCGUUUACAAGAAAAUACAUCACCACUUGGUACAGUGAUGCCAAAUCAAUCAACAAUAAAUGAACCAGAAUCACCAACAUCUAAAAUAUAUUUACCAAUGAAUAUACAAUCAAUUGAUAAAAAUGAAAAUUAA